UGAUUUGUCUUUGUUUGAAAAUCUUGAAAAAUGUCGUCGAGUAGUCAAACAACCACAACAAAUGAUACAAGUGUCGAGAUACCCGAAUGGGUGAAGGCGGAACUUUUUGAGCAGUUGUUGAAGGAUACAUUGAAAGACUUUCGAAAUAUCCGAUCAUUUAAGGCGAUGCCUGGCACAAAACCCGGUGAUAAUUAUGCAACGGUUAUGCUACGUAUAGAACUUGAAGUGCAACUAAAAGAUAGCACAGUAAAAUCCGUUUCGUACAUGCUAAAAGUACCACUAACAUCUGAAGAAUAUCAUUCAACUUGUGGAAAGAACAAGUUCAGCGUGUUCGACAUCGAACGGGACAUGUUCAUGAUAUAUGUGGAAGAGUUCAAGCAGCUCUAUCGCGAUGUUGGCUUAGAGGUUGACUUUGGGGCCAGGUGCUAUAAACUCGAUACACCGAAUGAACAUGUACUGCUAGAGGAUCUACGAGCUAGGGGAUUCCAGUCAGUUAUUCGUAAGGCAGGAAUCGAUGAGGAACAUACAAUAUCAGUGCUAACUAAGCUGGCUCAGUGGCAUGCCGCUUCUGCUGUUCGAGUGGAUAGGAAGGGUGCCUAUCCUAAACAUAUAAGUGAUGGUAUGUUCAAUGAUGAUGGUAAAAGGUUGAUAAGUAAAUUGACAGAUAAUAUGGUCCCAUACAUACUGGAUACCCUUACGACAAUUGACGGGCAUGAGGUGUACUAUGACGAUAUAAAAAACUUGGCCGGUCACAUUACAGACAAAAUUUUACAAGUGGGUGUCACUGAUCCAGAAGAGUUCAAUGUAUUAAACCACUCUGAUUGCUGGCUGAGUAACAUUAUGUUUCGCUAUGAUAGAGAAUCGGAAAAACUGUUAGACUCUUAUCUAGUUGACUAUCAAAUAUGUAAAUAUGGAACCGUCGCCAUCGACUUGAUUUCUUUCCUGUUAUCAUCCACUAAACUGGAAAUCAAAGUAAAUAAAUUUGAUUACUUCGUCAAGCAGUAUUACGAUCAGCUGAUAAAGCACCUGAAGUUGUUGAGCUACAAUAAAAAUUUUCCGAGUCUAAUAGACAUACAUAAAUCCCUGUUGAAGAACGGAAUAUGGGGGUAUAUGGCGGUGUGUGAUGUGAUGGCUGCAAGUUUGCUGGAAGAAACGGAAUCAGCCAGCUUUGAUAACUUAUUUUCCGAUUCGCCAGAGGCCGACGCAUUCAGAACCCUCUUAUACAACGGCAAGACCUACAAGGAGCACUUAAAGAUUGUGCUGCCUUGGCUACACAAUCGAGGUGCUCUUCAAAAAGAGACAAUAUAAACAAUUUCCAUUCAGUAUAAGUGAUUUAUUUCAAGAACUUCG